UGUGUGUGAACAUUUAUGAUUACAUGUGAAACUUGAGCUCCCUGCAGUGGGCUAGGAAAGAAAAAAGACAGAAGUAUUGUUUUUAAACACUUUUUUUUCCCGCAAGAGGGCCAGGGCUGCUGCAUAGCCAGGAGAAUGAUAAAAGGGUUGGGAGAGCUGGGGCUGCUUGGAGGGGCGAGGACAGAGGAAGUGCCAAAAUUACAUGAUUUAGACUUCAUUUAAAGAGCCCAAUAACUUGUCCUGUGCAAACAGUGGCUUGAAAACUGCAGCCUGGAGCACAAUGUCCCCUCCCCCUCGGCAGCUUUCGGCUAGGAACAGGGAGUGUGGGGUCUAGCUGGGGCGGUGUGUGGAGCAGCUGGAGCAGAGGUCUCAGAGCACCAUGCACGGUGUAAAUCUCAAGCUGGUGGCCUUUGCCUGCAUGACGGUGGCUUUCUGGGCGGACGGUGGCCAGUGGAGGGUGACAGGUGGCGGGAGCAGGCGGCGAUCCCACCGGGUCCAGCACGGGCAGUGCAGUUACACUUUCGUCCUGCCCGAGGCCGAUCCGCAGCCCUGCCCACCCACGAGGGCGACCCUCCGGGCCAACACGCUGCAGGGGGACUCGCCCGCCGCCACACUGCAGACCCACAACUGGUCCGCACAGCGCGUGCAGCAGCUGGAGAGGGUCCUGGAGAACACCACGCAGUGGCUGCUGAAGCUGGAGAGCUACGUGCAGAUGAAUGUGAAGUCUGAGAUGGUCCGGAUCCAGCAGAAUGUCGCUCAGAACCAAACAGCCGCCAUGCUGGAGAUCGGUACCAACCUCUUGAACCAAACGGCGGAGCAGAGCAGGAAAUUGACGGUUGUGGAAGCACAGGUUCUGAACCAAACCGCACGAAUCGAGAUCCAGCUGCUGGAGAAUUCCCUGUCCACCAACAAGCUGGAGAAGCAGCUGCUGCUGCAGACGAAUGAAAUUCACAAGCUGCAGAACAUGAACAAUAUCCUAGAGACACGGGUGCUGGAGAUGGAGACCAAGCACCAGGCAGAGCUGGAAGGGAUCCGCACAGAGAAGGAGAAGCUGCAGCGCCUAGUCAGCCACCAGAGCCACACGAUCGAGGACCUGGAGAAGUCCCUCCAUGCUGCCAACGGCAACACCAGCUCACUCCAGCGGCAGCAGCUGGAGCUCCUCGAGUCAGUCCAGAGCCUGGUCCAGCUGGUCUCGCAGGGCAAAGCUCCCCUCGCGAAGGAAGAGCAGGUGUCCCAGGACUGUGCUCAGACCCGCCGAGCCGGGUUUAACGCCAGCGGGGUUUACACCCUCCACAUCGCCAACAUGACGGAACCCAGGAAGGUCUUCUGCGAUAUGGAGACAGAUAGAGGCGGGUGGACCGUGAUACAGCGCCGAGCCAAUGGCAGCAUGAAUUUCCAGAGGAAGUGGAAAGAAUACAAACAGGGCUUUGGAGACCCUGCCGGGGAGUACUGGCUGGGGAACGAAGCUGUGCAUCUCCUGACAAGCCAGGCUUCCUACUCGCUGAGAGUGGAGCUCCUGGACUGGGAAGGAAACCAGGCCUACGCCCAUUAUGAGACAUUCCAGCUGGGCAGCGAGCGUCAUCUUUACAGGAUCUCCCUGAAGGGCUACAGCGGCACCGCUGGGCAGCAGAGUGGGAUGGUCCUCCAGGGAACCAACUUCAGCACCCGCGACUCGGAUAACGACAACUGCCUCUGCAAGUGCGCCCAGAUGCUUUCGGGAGGUUGGUGGUUUGACGCCUGUGGUCUGUCGAACCUGAACGGCAUCUAUUAUCCUGCCAAGCACAAUGUCCGGAAGCUCAACGGGAUCAGAUGGCACUAUUUCCAGGGGCCCAGCUAUUCUCUAAAAGGCACACGCAUGAUGAUAAGACCUUCAGACUUCUAGCGCCCCAGAGCAGGGUGGGGCAGAGGGCAAGCCAGGCUCCAGGCCUCCGAACUGGCAGGCAACAAUCCAUCAUGGAACUGGUAGGACCAUUAGACCAGCAACAGAUGGCAAAGGAACAGGGACACAUCCUAGCAGGAGCAGGGUCUUGUAACCCAGUGCCUGGGGCUACAGCGCAAGGGAAAGGAGGAAGACCUGGAGCUAAGCGGAGAGAUGACUCUGGGCCUGGACUCUUGGGCCUCCAAGGAGGAGGAGAAGAAAGAAAAAUCAGAAAAAAAAUCUAAAAACUAAACCGUCCCAUUGGUGUGAAUUACGAGUAUUGGGCUUCUGUUUCGGACCAGUUUGAUUCUUUUCUAUGUUGUAUCAUCUUCAGGGAAAUCAUCCAGACCACAAAGGGAGCCUGCUGCACCCAGGGCCAGUGGCUGAGAAAGACCUUCCGAGCAGCAGCUAGGAAUAGUGUGGCGCAUACAGAGUUUUUGCGGUGGGGUCUGGUUUUAAUUGGUUUUAGCGUGUUUCCAGGAAACACUCCACCCUUUUCCUUCCUUGUUUUCCCCUGCUUCUGAACUGACACAUGGCCACCCGGCUCCUGAAGGCACGCUCCUGUCUGCAGAAGCUGGCUGACGAGGAGAGAGCAGGCUGGUGAGAUAGCCCUGUGAGCAUCUGGAUAGUAGGAAACACUAUUUCACUAGGAGGGUGGUGAAGCACUGGAAUGGGUUCUCUAGGAAGGUGGUGGAAUCUCCAUCUUUAGAGGUUUUUAAGGCUCGGCUUGACACAGCCCUGGCUGGGAUGAUUUAGUUGGUGUUGGUCCUGCUUUGAGGAGGGGGUUGGACUAGAUGACCUCCUGAGGUCUCUUCCAACCCUAAUACUCUAUGAUAUGGAUCAGGCCAGCUGGAGAGGCAAGAUGGACUUGCCUUUGGGCUCUCACUUGUGUUUUUCCCCAAAGGGGACCUGCCAAGCCAGCUCCUGACCCAAAUGCAAAGCCCGUCUGCGCAAGAAGAGCAUGAGCCAGGCCUUGCGCAGGGAACGUGGUGCACAGAGGAGGACGCCCACGUGGAUGGAAUGAACGUCAGCUUAUGAGCUCAGUAAUGUACGUUGAGAGGGCAUAGUCUAGAAAGACCAGCCUCCACAUUCAACACACGCGCACACACGCACACGCCCCACUCCCUUGUGUGCUGGGCUACUGCCUGAGAGCGAGUGGAGGCUAAGCCUGGGGUGGCUAAGGGUUAGCGCUGGGCGUUUCUGACAUCUGAAGUCCCCAGUGUACCAGCUCCCUAAUUUGCACGUGCAGAAGAUAUGGGGGGGAGGGGCGUGGGAGGGCAGAGAAUGGGCCUGGCUGGGGAGACGUGGUGUCUCGGAGUCCACUAGCGAUGCUCUGGAACUGCUCCCUACGAAGCCAGGCAGGACUCUGGGGAAGUCUCCUUUCUGUGAGCAGCCUGUCUGCAGGACACACAGCUCACACAGCUUCCACCUUCCUGGGUCUGACCUCGGAGCCUUCAGCCUCCUCUGCCCCUCCAUGCGCUUCCCUUAGCGAGUUCACCCAGGCAGGGUCCUGGGGGAGCCAGAGGGUCCUGCCCCGCAACUUCGCAGUCAGACGUGACUCUCAGCCAGCCAGUAAAACUGAAGGUUUAUUAGACGACAGGGACAUGGUCUAAAACAGAGCUUGCAGGUGCAGAGAACAGGACCCCUCAGCUGGGUCCAUUUUGGGGGCCAGUGAGCCAGACAACCACGUCUGCCCUUCACUCCAUGUCCCCAGUCAGCCCCAAACUGAAACUCUCUCCAGCCCCAUCUCCUCUGGGCUUUGUCCCUUUCCCGGGCCAGGAAGUCACCUGAUUCCUUUGUUCUCCAACCCUUUAGCUCUCACCUUGCAGGGGGGAAGGGCCAGGCCAUCAGUUGCCAGGAAACAGGGUGUCGGCCAUUCUCUGUAUCCAGACCCCUGCACACACCUGCCCUCUAGGGCUCUGCAACGAUCAUACACCCUUACCCCACCCCCUAGAUACUUAAGAACUGCACAGGGGAAACUGAGGCACCCCCACACUAUUCAGAGAAAACAUUAAGAACAGUCCCGCUUUGUCACACGUGGUAAGUGCAGUCGUCCCAUGCUAACAAAACACAUAGCUCCGUGCUCGCCUCUUAGGGUAUGUCCACACUGCAGCUGCUUCCCAGCUCGGCUAGACAGACCUGCGCUAGCUUGGCGUGCACUAGUGCACUAACAAUGGCAGCGUAGCUGGGGUGGGCCCCCAGGCACGUACCCUGGGGGUCCAGCGGGUUUGUACCCAGGCAGCUAGCCUGAGCUGCCGCCCAUGCUGCCCCCGGCUACACUGCCACCUCGAGCAAAGGGAGCACGGUGUGUGUCCACCCGAGCUGGGCAGCACAUUCCUAGUUGCAGUGCAGAGGGACACUUUGCCCCGGCGCCAGCUAAAGGCAGGAAUAACUCGGCAGCUUGCAGCAGCACCCAAUGAAUGCAGGACCCACGGCUCUGCCUCUUCUGCUCAGCACUUCUGAGCCUGUGCUAACCCGGGCCCUGCUGUGCACGACCCAUCGCGUACCCUGGGCCAGGAUCACACCCGCCGCUUGCCGCAGUCUGUCAUCACCGUGACCUCACGGCGCAUCACCGCAGGCUCAGCCUGGCGCCUUCACACUCCGUCGUGCAUGCAGAUGCAUCCAUACCGCUGCCUUGCAAUCAUUAAUGCAGCCCCAGGCAGUCCCAUAGCACGCCGCACCGCUCGGCCCCACUGCGUGGGGAGAUGCUGUGGGGUGCCCAGCUAUCCUCGGACUGCCAGGCUAGGAGCUCGGAGACGGUCAUCGCCUGGAACCAGCUGGGACAGUCCCGGGUGGCUGUUGCAGGGCAGCACUGCAAUUGCUUCCUUAGAAGACCCUGUUGCCAUGUGCUGAUAAACCCCCCCUUAGCCCAGCCAGCUUUAUGGCAGCACAUCCAUUGUCUCACCAUCCUAGGGUGGUUUCAGAUCUGCCCCUUCCUCCGGGCCUGUUGCAUUCUUGUUACAACACACAGCGAGUGACAGCCCACUCAGGCCUCUGCGGGGGAUUCACCGAGAGGCUCCACCUCUUAUAAACGGCUUUCCGAAUGCUGCAAAACAUGCAUGGCCUCCUUGUGCCUCCUUUGAAAUGUUCUGGUUUUUCAUCAGAACAAAGUUGGUUGCAAUUCAGUUUGAGUGGAGUGUGUUAUUAUGAAUCUGGAUUGCCUAGGACCCUCUUGUGCCAGGUGCUGUGUAGACACAACAAAAUUCUGGCCCCUAUCCCAAGGAGCUUACCCUCGAAGGAUAAGACAAGAGACAACAGAUGGAUACAGACGAUUGGGGAAGGCCAAAGAAACAACGGGGCAGCGCUGGUCGGCGUGACAGGCGGUGUCCAGUUUUUACAAGCGCCAUGGAAGAAGCAGGUUUUAGGGAGCGAUUCGAAGGUGGACGAUGAGGUAGCUUUGUUGGUAGUUAUGAGAGCUCCUCCUCGGCCAGGGGGCAGCAUCGGAGAAAGCACCGGGGGGUUUCUUUGAAGAUGUACCGCUGGAGGGUGGUGGCGUGGGCCGCUCGGUGGAGCUACCAUCUCAGUGGUGUGUGAGAGAGGCCAGGUGGGCAAGGCAGGACUGAGAAAGGCCUUGAAAGUGAAGCCAAGUAGUUUGUGUCUGAUGUGCUAGAGAAGGGGAGCCCACGGAGGGGGACGGCAUGGGCGAAAGGAAGGGCUAGGAAAGAGACCCUUGCCACAGAGUUCAGACUGGUGUGAGCGGUUAAGGUGGGAUCUGUCCAGAUCAGAGAGGGUGACGUUGCAGUGACUGACGGGUAAGAUGCCGAGAACCUGGGCGAGGGUUUAAGCUGUAUGGAUGGCUAGGCAAGGCCAUACCCUAGAAAGAAUCAGGAAGAAAGAAUCUGCGGAAAGAAUCAGGAAGCCUCCUGUGAGGAUCUAGAGAGAGCCCAGAGUCAGUGACGAUGAAACCCUGGUUACGGGCCUGAGUGAUGGGGAGAACGGAGGGGUGGUCCGAGUGGCUGAGGAAAGAGGGAGCGGGUGGGGCUGGCGGGAAGAUUCAGAGUUCUGUUCCAAACUGAAACAAAACAUUUUCCGUUUUUCUUUUAAUCGUUGUCCCCUUUCUCUCUCCUUUCUGAAAAGAAACCAGAACAACAGCAGCACAUUGUUUUGAUGAAAAAUAACACCAAAACUUCCACGAUACAUUUUUAAACGAAGCAAAAAUCAUUUUGUUUCCUUCAAAAGUUUUUGUGGAAAAUAAUUGCUGUUUUCUGACUAUCUCCGGUGGGUAAAACAGGUGAGCUUUUCCUAGGGGCUUUCUUUUGUUUCGGUGUUUCAUGCUGGGAAAGGAUGUUAGAGGUCAAACAUGGAACAUGCUCACCGGGAGGGCUGGAAUAUGAUGGGCCAGAGCGGGUCACACAGUGUAAGGAAAACAGACAGAAAUGCAGGAGGCCCCCCCAGAUCAGAGACAACUCGUUCCCUGCACUAGCUGGCACAGAGCUCUGGACCCACAGCUCUCCAGCCACUUCACGCUCAGCGUCCACGACCAACGGCGCCUUUGGGGGGUUUGCCCACAGAGCCUGUUGCGUUGUUUAGAACCAAGUAUUGCUGCAGGGUUAUUUCCCACCAGCAGCCUGGCCUCAAAGGGACGCUGCCCACCCCUUCUUGCUCCCCUCCUCCCAUGCUGAGGAACAGAGGGCGCUGGGCCAGGGAGGGGGUCACCGGUGGCCUGACAAGCUGUCCGAGACCCGGUUUGUCUUGUGCAAGGUUAUUGGCUCACCCAGGGGGAAGGGGCAUUAACCCCGACUCUUUAACAAGCAUCUUUCACCCCUGGGUCGAAUGGAAACGCUGUAUUUUUCUAUUCACAGAUGUGUCAUUAGGAAGCCCCACUGAGUGAGUGUCUGUCAGGCUCAGACAGCCACCCAGGGCUUGACACCACCAGGACAGACAGCUCCCCUGGCGCUCCUUCCCCACGGCUGCAAAGUGCGGGAGGGCCAAUCCCCUCCCCUGCCCCAAACCAUCACAAAAUCCCCCUCCGGCCACAUCCCACUCCCUCCUGCAUGACCCCACACUCCUGGACUGAUUAGCAGCAGCACGGACCAGGGUCGGUCUCUGCAUCUGCUUGCAGUAGCUCAGCUCCCCCAGUGCUGCUGUGGUGCUAACAGGGAGCCAGGGAGGGAGGUUGUCCCUAGAUUACCUGUCCAGCAACGACAGGAGACCUGUGACCUGACCUGCCCCUUUCUGGUACAGAAGGGCCGUGGAAGAUUUCAGGCACAGAUGGGAUUGCACAACCAGGGCCAGGGUCGAAUCUGAACAUCGGCGUUUUGUUCCCCUCUCUGUUUUCAGAGAAGCCGUUUCCCUGUUAGACUCACUGGACCCCCAUUCCUCCUAGCCCCAGAUCUCUCCCUCCUUUUGCACGCAUCUUGGUGUUCAACAAGCACCAAAAGCUUCCUGGCUUUCUGCACACGGCGCGUUAAACCCAGAAAGCUGCACUGCUCUUGAGCAUUACGCCAGCAUAGACGCCUGUCCACUACAUGGACGAUGAAUCCACCCCAGGCCCUCUCGCUCUGGGCAAGCAGAAGUCCUUGAGUUCACAUGCAGACGUUCUCAGAUCAGUUUCUCAUAUUAAUAGCACCCGAGCCCUGUCCCCUAUCUCAGUCUGACCGCUGACUCACCCCGGGGACAAGUGGCUCUGACAUUUCAGCCAGCAGGUUGCAGUGCACACUUUGUACAUGUAUCCGAUGCUGGCUUACGCGAGGUCUGGCUUUCUCUAUCAGGGUUUUGAUUAUGCAAUAAGCAGUUUAACAAGUAAUUAAAAAAAGGGAGUUGGGAGAAGUCCAGAGCAUGGUGUAACAUUCCGAUUUAUUCGAAGGGCUGAGGGUGUAGUAGCAGGUGGUGUUUAAAGAGCUGCCAUGCGAGUGGAGAGGUGGUUUGCCUCUGGACUCUAACCAACUCCACAUAAAGGAUUUUAUAGUAACCAUCAAUAACCCUCUUGCUCUUCUUUGGGUGAAUUGUCACCCACUGUCACGGUCGUCCCAUUUUACUAUUAUCAGCAUUGCCUCCAGCAGCAGUUCAAGCCAUUACCCCUUACUCUCCAUCCCUCUGUAGGAGGCUCCAUGUCUCCGACCAGUCUCUGGAAAAGUGGGUGAUAACUGCAUGGUCACUGAGCCCCCCUCUCAGACCAAUCUGGGUCCAAGCUCAAAGUUACAGUCUGAGCAGGGACACAGCAUGAAGAAACCUCGUAUUGAAUGAGUAGAUCCCAUCUUACUCCACGGAAGGUGGAUCCCGUCCCAAGGAUGAAGUGGGGAUAAGGAAAAUGUGGAAACACCUGGAGGUCUCUUGCUAAACUGGUGACUGACUCGCCAAUUCUGUUAGACUGGGUGUUUCCCAAAGCUGCUAAGAGAACUGAAUGCCUAAUUCCCAUUAGAGCAAAUGGGAAACUGGUAUUGUAAUCCCAGAGGUGUCUUUGACAAUCUCCGUUGAAUCCCCAUUGCAACAGUCCCAAUGGCAAGUGAAGCUCCCAGCGGGCACCAGGGACGCUGCUACAUCAGCUGUUUUGAGGAGAGUGGCCGGGAAUUGGAAUCCCACCCCAGCUCACCGUCCCAAUUCUAGGGGUUGUUUUGGUGGAUGCUGUUUCAUUUCCCCCCCUUUUAGCCAGACCGAUUUCAGAGCCAUACAUUUAAACUGCCCUUGCAAAAAGUGUGCAAAGCCCACUCUUGGGCUGAGAUGUUCAAACCCAGAGACUAAGAUGCCCCCCUAAAAUAUGCUCCUGCACCCAUCUGUGCUUGCCAGCCUCACAGGUGUGCAUGCAGCAUGAGACGUUCCACAUGAACCCAUUGGGGCUUUUUCACAGUCACCUGAUUUGCCUGAGCUAAUUUCCAGUUGCACAAACAGAUGCAAGGCAUGCACUCACAACAGCUGCGGGUACAUUUUCUGAAGACCCAGCUCGGGCGAUUGCAGUGGAAAAUUUGGCCCUUGACUUCUCAGAUUAUUCCUUCUAUCAGAAAAGGACGAAACUUGAGAGUGAGAAAGGGCAAGAAAUGGGCUAUUCAAGCCACAGAAGCAGGGUCCUUCCAGGAGAAAAACCUCAGCACCGGCCUCAAAAUCUGGCCCCAAACAAGCACACUCAGGAGAGAGCCACGGGAUGAAGGCAGCAAGCUUGUUCGUCCUCUCGACCUCAGUCCUAUUUCAGCGAUCAAGGCAUUUCCCCUCCACUUCACCCUCCCCCCCACACUCCCCUUGGUAAUUGAGUUUUAAAGGUUACAACUAUUACAUUACCAGGGCUGUUUAUUUUGUUUCGGCCUCCAUAUCUUUUCGGGCAGUGUCAUUUCUAAUCAAGCAGCUGUAAGGACUCAGAUCAACCCUAUUCCCACCUCUGCUCCAUCCCUCCCGAGCCCAGGGCAGGGCAGGGAGAGGAUGGUACAGGAAAAGGCACUAGGGUUUUUUUUCGUCGGCACUCCUUUGAGUCUGUGGAUCAGGCGAGUUCUGGCUCGUUGGGAAGCCUGGGACCUGUGGAGCGUACGUGGAGGGCAAGUGCUUCCAAGCAAUAACGUUCUGAAGCCAAAGGGCAACUUUGAUGUGACAAAAAGACGGGAGGGGAGACGGGCCCACACUCCCUGGACCCUCCGUAGCCCCUUUGCCUGCAUCAUGAGAUGAAGACACAGCCAGAGGGAGGAGGAGGGGGGCAGGUUUAUCGGAGGUUAGUGGAAAGCUUAGAGCUCAACAAGGCCUUGUUGGCUUGACCACUUCCCUCAGUCUUUUGAAGGGUCUCUAGGGCGUCUCCAUUAUGGGCCACAUUUUCUGCCCAGGCCCACUCCCAGCUGUUUGCAUAUAGAAGUCUUGUAAAACUGGGCACCCAAACUCAGCAGCAGGCAUGGGGGCCACUGGCCAUUCGGCCCUGGGUAGCCCCCUGCAGUCCUCACAUUUUCUCUGGCUGUGGCCUAACAAACUAGGGAUUCUCGAUGGGAAGGGGCCAUGGGACUUUACAGACACACAGCGUUCCCCAUGGGCCUGCACAUGUGGCCCCAUAGACUCAACAGAGUUACACCUGGCUCAUGCCAGUGCAAGAGGAGAAUCAGAAUCCAUCUGCUCAUGGCGCCCAUGUUACACUCUGCGGUGCCUGACUUGUCCCACUUCGCUCCCACCCUCCCCAACGGCAUGAGCACCGCGGAUCCCUUCUCCAUUGCUCCCGUCGCUGCCCCCAGUCAGGCUGGAGUUCCCAGCUGCUCAGGCCCGGCAGUUUCAGAGAAGCAGAGAUGGGCUGUGGAUACAGAUGCAACGUUUCUAGCCCAUAUACUUCAGCAGCUCCAGCCUAAACCCAAGUAACACUCCGGUGUUUGGGGAGACACUGCUCCAUCCGUGCUGUUAUGGGAGGCUAAGGCUCUGGGCUAAGGACCGUCGGCCCUUGCACUGAGCCAGCCCUGACUUCCAGCAGAGAUGGAGGAGAUGAACAGCACUCUUUCCACCAGCUCAGCCCAUUCCAUCCAUCCACCACAGUGUCUGCAGCCCCGGCAGCUAAAACCACAUCUUGAUGUGCCCCCUGCUCCGCCUUCAGAGUCCCCUUUGCAGACCGGGACCAGCAAGUGUCGCACGGAGCUGCUCUCUCAGUUCUCUGCACUCUCUGAUCCUUUAAUGGAACUAUUGCUGACAUCUCCCCUUCCCCUUUUGGUGGAGUCAGCGCAGUUCUGGUUCUGCCCCUUCCCCGUGCAGAGCAGACUUCACCCCAACAGCAACGUCGCAGGGUUAUACGCAGUGCUUUGCGAAGCCUCCCUUGCCCUAGAGGUGCCUUCGUCCAAUAAAAUACCUGGUGGCCCUCAGCUUGGAUGGUUAUUCCGUCACAUUUGAUGUCUCUUCGGUGGAUGAUUCACCUUCCACGCCUUUUUAAUGCGCUCCCCCAUCGCCACCCUCCCUCGCGUGUGCUCAGACCCUUCACAUGGUAGAUAUUAACCACCAAAGGGAGGCAAGCUCUUCCCUGACAGAAUUGUAGCCUACCUGGGAAUACAGGAUGUCAGAGAUUUAUUACAUGGCCGUGUCACCCCGUGUUUCAUGUUCCUGAUUCUGUUUAAGGUUGGCCGGACCCAGGAUCUGAGCCAAGACGGUGCAGGGCAUGUCCCCGUAGGGGACUUCACCAGCGCAGCAGCAUUUCAGGGACACCUGCACUUCCCUGAAUAGCCCGACCGCCAGCGCAAAGGACCGAGAGGCACUUUCACCUUAAUUAAUGGCACAGAUUUAACUUUGUGUCAGAACAAGCUCCUGGAAAAGCUGAGCGCGAUGGAAAUGCUGCCAGGAAAUGUGUGUUUGGCAAUUUCAUGGAAACCGGUUUUUUAAACCGUUGUCUCCCCGGCAGCGCAGCUCAGACAUUGCAGCCCCCUGCUAGGGCAGGAGAGCCCAGAGUGAAACUGACCAGAAACUGACUAUAAACAAAAGUGAAACCCACUGGACUGCUCCCAUUGCCCCAGAGAGAGACAAAAAGUAAACAGCACACACAGCAUGACAAAUCUGACCUUUGGAAUUCAUAUUUCAUAAGCUAACAUUGCUAUUAAAACAUGGGCAAGGAAUUUCUGAAGACGAUACAGGUCCAGAUUUUAUUUUUAUGACAUGAACCUCCCUUUAAGGAACAUGUGUGGAGCAAAGGAACAGCUAAGGGGGGUUACCAAAAAUUUUAACUAGAGGCUAAAAAGAGUUUACUGCAGACAACACAGCAUUGGAGGAAUGGUGUGUGCACCAUUUGUUGGACUGGAGGAAUGGUGUGUGCGUCAUUUGUUGGACUGAAGGAAUGGUGUGUGCGCCAUUUGUGACGCACACCCCCUGUGUUAGGGUUGGUAUGUCUCAUGUAAAUACACAAGAUAAACUAAGAAAAUACCCAGACUCCACAGGACUGAUCUCCUCUCCAGCAGGGAGCUGCCUUCCAAGGCCACAAAAUCUACCACCGAUCAGCAAGAGGGUGUCAACAUCAACCUAGGCACUUCAAUAGUCCUGUCACUGUAAAGUCUGAGCACCUUAAAAGUUAAUGACUUGAUCCUGAAAGCACCCCUGGUGAUGCAGGGAAGUAUUAUCGGCCCCGCUGUUCAGACGGGGAACUGAGGACACAGAGAGACUGAGUGAUUUGCCCAAGGUCAUACAAGAAAUCUGUGGCACAGCCAGGAAUUGAACCCAAAUCUAAGUCCAAUGGCUUCACUUGCAGACCAUCCUUCCUCUAGGAUUUGCAUUGAGAACUGCAGCUACUCUGCGCCUCAAGGGCUCGUUAUACAGGGGGUUGAUGAACGGAGCUACAAAGCCAGAAACAGGAAGACUAGGGCUUCCUUCCCUCCAGGACCAAUCGGCCACUCACAAGUGAUUCCAUUUGCCCAGAGCCCUGCUGCUGAGAGUUGGGGAGCAGGGGAAAAUCACUGACUUGUGUUCGAUAGAGCGUGCACCCUUCAUUAUGUACAACAGCCCAGAUGAGACCCGGAGCUCUAACUAGGAGUUUGAAAAAUAAACCAUUCAAACUGUG